AUGUGUAGAAUAGCUAAAAUUUUUGAGCAAAAUCCUGAAAAAUACGCAAGUCACAAUCAUGUAAUAUUAGAAAAAGAUAAUUGGCUUGAGCCACUGGAAGAACCCAGAGAAGAACCAGAAGAUCUGGAAGAAGAACCAGAAAAUCUUCAGAGAGAAUUAGACGUAGGUAUAGAUGGGCCAACAAAUUGUUCAGAUAUUAAUAGUGUCACAGAACCUGUUUUAGUUAAAUGA